AUGCAGCGAAUUUACAUAUUAACAAAAAUAUUUAACAUUCUCAGUCUGCAAAAACACUACAAAGCAAAAAUGAGGUUUAUACAGAGUUUUUGGUUGAGUAUUAUUAUUCACGUCCUAAAACUAACCCUAGUUAAGGCGGUUUACGAGGAUGAAGCUUACAUAACGGACUGGCAACUACAAAACAUUGGUCACUAUAAUUGUAUUAUGGAUGACCCCCCAAAUAAUAGAUUCUUUGUUUUAUCUGCCAGUGACCAGGAUGAUGAAUUUUCUAAAUUAUCAGUUAUUAACCAAUUGACUGGGGAGGUUAUCUUAAGAACCAAUUUGAAGUAUAAGAUCGUUGAUUCAAUGAUAGAUAUUAAUGAAACAAUGCUUGUUUUAAAGGAUAAAAGUGGUAAGUUUAUAAGUUUUAACACUGAAACAUUAUUUGAGAUUGAAAUACUGAAUGAAUUUGAAAAUUUUAAGACUUCUUGUACUGAGUUUGACCCAAAAUUACAGCAUAAUAUCAAAAUUAUUGACAACGAGAUCUUAUUCGUUGAAGAUGCAAAGGAUACAUUACGUAUUACAUUACCACCCAAAUUUCAAAAAAUUGAAUUCUUAUCUACAGAUAAUUCUACUAAUUUGAAAGUCUUAGCUGCCACCGAAGGAGAAAUAUAUUACUAUUAUUCAAUUGUUGAUAAUAAGUUGAAAACUACUUGGACUAAAGAUGAGUCUAUUGCAAAUAUAGUUGACUACGUUUUUAUUGAUAUUAAAUCUACUUCAUUAGAUUCAGUUGCUGAACAAAUAAAAUAUGAAACAAUGUCUUCCAGUAUUUUCGAAGCUUAUUUGGUAAGAAUCUCUAAAAAUUUUAAUAGACUAUCGAAAUUUCUAAAGGAAAAUAAUUAUAAUCCAGGUCAGAUCUUAACAAAACUAAUUACUUUUGAUAAUGAUGAUGAUGAAGCACAAUAUUUGAUAGAACAAGAUAUGAAGUUCGGAUUUUUAAAAUCGUUAACUGUUGUAGAUUCAAAUGGCAGAAUUAGUGCAAUUGAUGUAAUGAAAGGGUUAGCUAUUUGGAAUAUUGAAACAGAACUGAACAAUGUAAUUGCCAUGGAAUUCAAUGAGUCAGAAGGCAAUUUGUAUGUUUUUGCUGCCAAUGGUUUAUAUAAAUCCUAUAAAAUUUCUAAUGGUAUGCUAAUGGGUAAAUCAACUGAAGGAACUCUAAGUAAAAAUAUUUCAGAUGAUGUAAUAGUUGAAAAAUUAGAAAGAUUAGGCAAUUCAAACCUGUAUUAUGUUAAAAUUUCACAAUCUAAUGAAAAACUAGUUGUCGAUUUAUCAAAAAAAAAGGGAGUUGAAGACACAAAUAAUAUAGAUAAAGAUGAGAAUACAAUUUAUAUUUGUGAUCAUGAUUCUCAAGGAGUAUACGGCUAUAUUAUUAAUCAAAAAUAUCAGAUUAAGCAAUCUUGGAAACAUAAUUUAAACGAAAAUGAAGAAUUAAUUUCUUUCGCAACUAAGGAUACUGAUCCUAUCGUAAAUAUUGGUGUUAUAUUAGGCGACAGAUCUGUUCUUUAUAAAUAUUUAUACCCAAACUUAGCAAGUUACAUCAUUCAUAACAAUGAUUCCAAUCAACUUAUUUUAAAUGUUAUCGAUACUAUUACUGGUGAAAUAUUAUAUUCUCAAGUGCAGAAUGAUGUUUUUGAUUCAACUUCUCCAGUUACAAUGGUAUUUGGUGAAUAUUGGAUAAUUUAUUCUUAUUUCAGUAAUGAACCAAUUCCAGAGCAAAAAAUAGUUGUAGUUGAAUUAUAUGAAUCAUUAAUACCAAAUGAAUCUAAAUCUAAUUCAUCAAUGACAAUCGAUCCAACUGAAGGAAUAUUUAAACCAUCUGCAAUUACUGCUGCAUUCUUUUUUCCGGAACAAAUUAAACAAAUGGCUUUGUCACAUACAAAGUUUGAUAUUACAACUAAGGCGAUAUUGCUUGAGUUAGUAAAUGGCCAAUUGACAUAUUUACCUAAGAGUAUAUUAAACCCUAGACGUAAACCAGAGGAACUAAUGACAGAUGCAGAUAAGAAGGAAUUCAUGGCGGCUCCUUACAUUCCAACAUUGCCCAUUAAUGAUCAUUUUGUUAUUUCUCAUUUUAGACAGAUCUUAAGUGGGAAAAAUGGAAAGCUUGUUUCUGUUCCAACUAACUUAGAAUCCACUUCAAGUGUUUGUUUAUUAGGAUAUGAUUUAUUCUGUACAAGAAUAACACCAUCAGGCCCAUUUGAUGUUCUAAGCCCAACAUUUGAAAAAUUUAAUCUAUUGGGUACAGUUAUUUUACUAGUUACACUUUGCCUUUUCUUGCGUCCAUAUGUAGCUUCGAGAAGAUUAAAGACUGCUUGGUUCGUUAGAGGAUAG